AUUUGCGAUAGUGUUUCUUGUGAGGACUAACAAUGGGAUGAAAUGCGCCCUGAAGCGGAUGUACGUCAAUAACGAGUACGACUUGCAAGUCUGCAAAAGAGAAAUCCAAAUCAUGCGGGACCUAUCUGGCCACAAGAACAUUGUCGGGUACAUUGAUUCCAGCAUCAACUCAGUAAGCAGCGGCGACGUGUGGGAAGUGCUGAUACUAAUGGACUUCUGUCGAGGAGGUCAGGUGGUGAACCUCAUGAACCAGCGCCUGCAGACGGGGUUCACGGAGAAUGAGGUCCUGCAGAUCUUCUGUGACACCUGCGAAGCCGUAGCCAGGUUGCAUCAGUGUAAAACGCCAAUAAUCCACAGGGAUUUGAAGGUUGAAAACAUCCUGCUGCACGAUCGUGGCCACUAUGUCCUGUGUGACUUUGGAAGUGCUACUAACAAAUUCCAGAACCCUCAGACAGAAGGGGUGAAUGCGGUAGAGGAGGAGAUCAAAAAGUACACUACGUUAUCCUAUAGAGCACCAGAAAUGGUCAACCUGUAUAGUGGCAAACUUAUUACUACAAAAGCAGACAUAUGGGCCCUGGGCUGUUUGCUGUACAAGCUGUGUUACUUCACCUUGCCUUUCGGGGAGAGUCAGGUGGCGAUCUGCGAUGGCAACUUCACCAUUCCAGAUAAUUCUCGGCACUCGCAAGACAUGCACUGCCUCAUCCGGUAUAUGCUUGAGCCAGACCCAGAUAAGAGACCUGAUAUUUAUCAGGUCUCCUACUUUGCAUUCAAACUGGCAAAGAAGGAAUGCCCAGUCCAGAACGUCCAGAACUCUCCAAUCCCUGCUAAACUCCCAGACCCGGUUAAAGCAAGUGAAGCUGCUGCAAAGAAGAGUCAACCGAAGGCCAGGCUGACAGAUCCCAUCCCUACGACAGAAACUUCCAUAGCACCCCGCCAGAGACCUAAAGCAGGACAGACACAACCCAACCCUGGGAUUUUACCCAUUCAGCCAGCCCUGACGCCUCGGAAGAGACCCACGGCUCAAGCAGCCAUUCAGCCCCAAGUUGCAGGACCUGCUGCCCUGGGCAGUGGUCAGUCUCCGCUCCCUGCAAGCGUCCCCCAGCAAAAAGCAGCACCUCAACAGACUCCGGCACAGCCACAAGCCAAGCAGGCGCCGGCUCCACAGCAGGCCUCGCAGGCACAGCCCCAGGUCCCUUCUACUCAGCCACCAGCCACACCUCCUUUUCCUCAGCAUCAACAGCAGCUUUUCUUGAAGCAGCAGCUUCUGCAGCAGCAGCAGCAGCAACAACAGGCUGCCUAUUACCAGCAGCAGCAGCAGAUGAUGCAAGCUCAGCAGAUGCAGGCACAGAUGAGGCAACAGCAAAAACCUCAAACCACACCCCCCCCAGCAGUGCAAGGGCAGAAGCUGGGCUCUCUCACCCCUCCGUCCUCCCCCAAGACGCAGCGUGCAGGACACAGGAGGAUUCUGAGCGACGUGACCCACAGUGCGGUUUUCGGGGUUCCAGCCAGCAAGUCUACCCAGCUCCUGCAGGCAGCUGCUGCUGAAGCCAGUCUCAACAAGUCCAAAUCUGCUUCCACCACACCCUCGGGUUCCCCAAGGACCUCACAGCAGAAUGUCUAUAACCCGCCCGAUGUCUCCACGUGGAAUCCAUUUGAUGAUGAUAACUUCUCCAAACUCACCGCCGAGGAGCUGCUGAACAAGGACUUUGCAAAGCUAGGUGACGGGAAAGCUCCAGAAAAGAUGGGCAGUUCCACAGAGAACUUGAUUCCAGGUUUCCAGCCGGCUUCAUCUGCAGCCCAAACAGAUGCAUUUGGUGGCUCUUCCUUCACUGCUGGAUCAGCUGAAAAAACGAAAGACAUUCUGAGUUUGGACACUAGCCCUCCUCUUCUGACUGUGCCUGAUCCUUUCAUUCCUCUCCCAUUAUCCGACACGCCAGAAAAACUGAUUGAGGGACUCAAAUCUCCUGAGACUGCGCUUCUGCUCCCUGAUAUCCUGCCUCUCGCUGACCCCUUCGGUAGCACGUCAGACGCUGUGAAUGGAAAACCUGACGUGGCUGUUGAGAGUCUCAUACCGGGCCUCGAGGCUCCAUUGCCCCAACGCCUGGUGUCCCAGACCGAGUCGGUUGCCUCCAACAGAACAGACUCUCUCACUGGGGAAGACUCUCUGCUUGACUGUUCUCUGCUUUCUAACCCUGCUGCUGACCUCUUGGAUGAGUUUGCUCCUGUAGCUUUCACAGCUCAACCUCACAAAGCUUCAGAAGAUACUAACCUGAUAUCAGGCUUUGAUGCUCCUGAGGGCUCUGAAAAAGUGACAGAAGAUGAGUUUGACCCAAUUCCAGUGUUGAUAUCCAAAAAUUCACAAGGUGGGCAUUCUAGAAACAACAGUGGAAGCUCUGAGUCCAGUCUUCCCAACAUAGCCAGGUCUUUACUGCUGGUGGAUCAGCUCAUAGACCUGUAG